AACUUGCUCGUGAUAAAAGAAAAGCAGAUGCCAGAUGGUUAAAGCGAAAUCCAUUAAACCUUCCGUUUGUUUCCAGGUAUGGGGAUUUCAAAGAAGAAAAUAAUGAAAUACUUGCCAGAAAAGCUGUUAAUAAAGUUUCUAAAAUGAAAGGAUUGGUAAAUAGAAACCCUGUUGAGGAAAGUGAAACAGACCUUCUGCCACACAAUGGAAAUGAACUCGAACAACAUUCUUCUACAUCUGCAUAUGAUACGAGGUCUACAGCUGACAGCUGUGCCAGCACAGUAUUGUUGUCAUGUUUACUAAAAAAAAAGGAUGAAGCAGCAGAAGGAGAGAAGGCUGAAAAUUUGUGGAAAGAAAAACAAGAGGAUGUCUACAAGGCUUUCGUAACAUCACAUGCCUCAUCUGCUCAUGGGAGGUUGUGUUCUUCAGAUGGAUGUCUUAAUUCUUUUUUUGACCAUGAUAUUCGCUGUGAUGAUUGUAAACGUCACUUCUGCCAUAGCUGCGAUAAAUCAAUUCAUUUUCGGUUACCGUUCUAUAAACGAAUAUGGCUUAAUACGGAAAGCUCUAAGGUAUUGGACCACACACAAUUUAUUAAGGAAAACGGAUCAGUUUCCAAGCAAGAGGUUCCAGUACCAGUAUUUAUUCCUUCAGCUUUCCAAAAGUAUCAAUCGUCUUCUCUUUCAAUUGCUGCUGGAAACGACUUUUGUAUCGUCAUUACUGCGAAUGGAAGGUUUGAUCUAAGUACAGCUUUGUUUUGCUGCAAUUCAUGCGAAUGUACUUUCGAUUUCACACUUGAUGAUUGCAUUCUAUCCGGUUUUUGGCCAUCCGUGCCUGACAAGUUCACUUUUCUAUGUUGCAGUCAGCUGCUAACUCUGUGGCAUCAUCUAAAAUUGCUUACCCCAGGAACUUCUGAACAAAGUUCUUGGAAACGAUUUCAGCUAUACGCCCUAGCUAGGUCUUGGUAUGGUAGUGAGGUUAUUGCUGGGAAGGAACUUAAUAUUUCGAAAUCCGGAAGACUAAUAUUCUUAAAAGUUAACAUGUUAUCGGAAGAAAUCUUGAGAUUAAAAGCUGUUUAUGACGAAGCAUGGUCAUACCUCCGAUACUUCUGCGAAACCCCCAUUUUCUCUGAAUCUUUGCUUGAUGUUGAUGAAAGUGAUGACUACGAUUCCGACACUGAUAGUGAAAACGACGAGGUUGUGUAG